AUGGCAUUGUCGAUUUUUGUUGGAACUGCUAAAACUAGAGGCAGCAUCGUUAAAGGUUCUGUUCCUAAGCCUUCUAAAAACAAGAAAAGAAAGGCUGAAGAAGUUUCAAGAUCUUCAAAAAAGAAAAAAAUUAUAGUUGAAGAACCUAAGUCUAACUCGGAUUCUGAUACAAUGGUUGAGAUUGACAACUAUGAGGACAGUAGUGCCCAAGCUAGUGAUGAUGCUGAAUCUAGUGAAGAAAGAAUUGACAGUGGAGAUGAGAAGAGUAGUAGAGAUAGCCGAGAUAUUGGAGAUGAGGAUGAUGAUCCCCUGUCCUUGUCAAUUUGUGCAAGAGAAAUCUCUGCGAUUGAUAAAGACUAUACAACACCAACAGUUGAUAAUGAUGGUGCUACAGUUGAUGUUGAUGAAACCCUUCCAUUAGCAAUAAUCGAUGAAGAUCUUGUUGCAGUUGAUGAGUACUUUGCAGAAGAAGUUAAUGACGUUGUACAAGAGAUGAAAGAAGGAGAGAAAGAACAAGAGGAGGAGAAGAUGGAAGAAAAAUAA